AUGGCUUCUGCCUCUCGGCCUUACCACCUUUCUUCUUAUGCUAAGGCAGAGAAACAGCUGCUCAAAACUUACAUUAUUCAUGUGAGGCAACCAGAGAGAGGAAUUGCCAGUUCUCUAGAGAGAGAAAGCUGGUACAAAUCCUUCUUACCAAAAACACUCACAUCAACCUCCUACACUGAAUCAAGACUGGUUUAUGCAUACAACAAGGUCAUUGAUGGCUUUGCAGCAAGGCUCACCCCUGCAGAAAUAGAAUCCGUGAAGGCCAAAGAUGGCUUCCUCCAUGCCUACCCUGAUAAGCUUCUUCGACUUCAAACCACACGAACGCCUCAAUUCUUAGGGCUCAGCCCGAACCAAGGGGUCUGGCCGGAGGCCGGUUUUGGCAAUGGCACCAUUGUCGGUGUCCUUGACACGGGCAUAUGGCCGGAGCACCCAUCUCUAGAUCCUGCUGGCAUGCCACCGCCACCGGCUAAAUGGAAAGGUGUCUGUGUUGAUGCUGGUGAAGAGUUCAACUCGUCGAACUGCAACAACAAGCUCAUUGGGGCGCAAUUCUUUAACGCUGGUGCCAAGGCCAUGCUUGGAGAGGCUGAGCUGCCUGGGCUGAACUCUCCGAGAGACACAGAUGGACACGGUACGCAUACAGCAACAACUGCGGCAGGCGGGUUCGUGCCGAAUGCGGAGGUACUCGGCAAUGCUGAGGGCACUGCUGCCGGCAUGGCACCGCACGCGCACUUGGCUAUUUAUAAGGUGUGUUUCGGUGAGGUAUGUGCAGACUCUGAUAUACUGGCGGCGCUUGAUCAGGCGGUCGAGGAUGGUGUCGAUGUGCUCUCGCUCUCACUCGGUGGCCCGUCCAUCCCCUUCUUUGAGGAUGCUAUAGCAAUUGGUGGGUUCACUGCGGCACAGAAGGGCAUCUUCAUGAGCUGCGCAGCUGCAAACGCAGGGCCACUACACUCGACUCUGUCGAAUGAGGCACCCUGGUUGCUGACUGUGGGAGCAAGCACCCUCGACCGAGAAAUCAGAGUGGAUGUGAAGCUCGGAAAUGGCAGCAUCUUCGUCGGUGAAUCCCUUUUCCAGCCAAAGGACUUCAAGCCAACUUUGCUGCCUCUUGUGUACCCCGGUGCAAGCGGGAACCUCAGCGCUGCACAGUGUGCUGAAGGUGCCGUAGACCCUAGCCAAGUCUCCGGCAAGGUGGUGUUUUGCGAGAGGGGGGGCGGCAUAGGCCGGGUUCAGAAGGGCGAGAAUGUCGUAGAAGCCGGGGGCGUUGCCAUGAUACUCAUGAACGACGAACUCAACGCCUUCAGCCUCAUCGCCGACACCCAUGUCUUGCCGGCAUCUCAUGUUAGCUUUCAGGACGGGGACACGAUCAAGGACUACAUUAACUCAACUCCAAACCCCACGGCCAAGGUUCUCUUCAUGGGUACCGUGUUCCGGGACACCGCAUCCCCUGCUGUGGCCAGUUUCUCAUCCAGAGGACCCAGUGUCGCGAGUCCCGGAAUACUAAAGCCGGACAUCAUUGGCCCCGGCGUGAGCAUCCUGGCCGGCUGGCCCUUAAACUUGAGCCCCUCCGGCUUGCUGAACGACUCGCGAAGAGUAGUUUUCAACGUGAUCUCCGGCACAUCCAUGUCUACCCCCCACCUAAGUGGGCUGGCUGCACUGCUCAAGAGUGUUCACCCCGACUGGUCUGCAGCCGCCAUAAAAUCCGCGAUGGUGACCACCGCAAACCCCAUGGACACCAAGGGGAAUCCCAUAACGGAUGAGACCCAAGGCCGAGCCGACGUCUUCGCCACCGGUGCCGGGCACGUGAACCCCACCAAAGCCGCCGACCCCGGCCUCGUCUACGACCUCAGUUCCGACGAUUACAUACCCUAUUUGUGUGGGUUAGGGUACACCGAUGCCCAAAUCCAAGCCAUUGUUAGGAGCCCUGUCAAGUGCUCAAACCUAACCACGAUCUCUGAGGGAGACCUAAACUACCCAUCUUUCUCUGCAAUCUUCUCUCCAUCAGGGCCUUCUUCUUUUUCCUUUAGAAGGACAGUAACGAAUGUUGGGGCUGAGUAUUCUACUUAUGAGAUUGAGAUGAUGGAGCCUCAAGGAGUGAUUGUGGAGGUGAAGCCCUCAAAGCUUUACUUUGAGAAAGUGAAUGAGAAGCAAACAUUUGAAGUUCUGUUCGCUCGCCAUGGGAAUGGGUCCUUGCCCUUUGCUCAAGGGUACAUAAAGUUGUACUCUGGCACCAAGUAUGAGGUGAGGAGCCCCAUUGCUAUCACCUUCAGUGAGUGA